GUUUCAGAAUUCGGAUUGAUUUGACUGGGUUCAUUCGCUUUAAAUGUGGAUGACAGUCGUGACGUAGCCGUAGAACUCAUUUUGGCACUUGUCGGAUCAGCUCUUACAUAAAUUGAAGAGUGGAUUUUUGUUGAAAAAUUCAAAAUGAUGCGUUCGGCUUUAGCACCAGGCUUAUCUAACUGGAGGUCGAUUGCUAAUCGUACCUUUGUAUACGAAGCUACUACGAAACAAGCUCGCAAUAAAAGUACAUUGCCUGUAAUCGAAAAGGACAAACCGGAUAAGUUGCCGUACUCGCCUUUCGGUACAAAACAAUCGAAUUGGGCCGAUUGGACCGUAGCACGUUUGGAUGAUGUUUUAAACUGGGGUCGCAAAGGUUCCAUUUGGCCUCUGACUUUUGGGUUAGCAUGUUGUGCUGUUGAAAUGAUGCACAUUGCCGCUCCUCGUUACGAUAUGGACAGAUUUGGUGUUGUGUUUCGGGCUUCCCCAAGACAAGCAGACGUAAUUAUUGUCGCAGGAACGCUAACCAAUAAAAUGGCUCCUGCAUUGAGAAAAGUUUAUGAUCAAAUGCCUGAACCAAGAUGGGUCAUUUCCAUGGGAAGCUGUGCCAAUGGAGGUGGCUAUUAUCAUUAUUCAUACUCAGUAGUGCGUGGAUGUGACCGUAUUAUACCCGUUGAUAUUUACGUCCCUGGAUGUCCACCAACCGCGGAAGCACUCUUGUAUGGAAUUCUCCAGCUCCAAAAAAAGGUCAAGAGGAUGAAAACUUUGCAAAUGUGGUACAGAAAGUAGUUCCAAUGAUUGUUAUCAUUUUGCAAUCGCUCAUUUGGCUCCAGGAUGAAUAAACUAUCAUGAUUAAUAAAACA